AUGCAGCCAAUCAACCCAAAUGACCGGAACACCCAAGGACAGUUCGUCGAGAUUGCUUGCAGGGCAGCCUCGCCGGACCCAGCGGCGCGCACGCCGGCGGAGAGAGAGCUUCUAGCUUAUCUAGACUCCGUGGAUAAACAAAGUGGGCUGCCGCAGCUACUGCUGGAGCUCACCCAUGGCGAGACUCCUCACGACACCUUCUUCGCCAUUAGCUUUAAAAACAUGGUGAAGAAGUGCUGGGAUCCGUCGACGUCGGAGCACUGCAUCCAGGAGUGCGAUAAGGUCGCUGUGCGCGCUACAAUUAUCGAGAACAUGCUUCGCUCAUCGGGUGCGGUGCAGCGGAACUUGGCCGAAGCAAUCGCGCUCAUAGCCCAGGUUGAUUUUCCCACUGCAUGGGCCGAUGCCUUGUCCCUGAUCGUAAAGGUGCUCACUUCUGGAAAUGAUGUUGCCCAAUUGCGUGCUGCGCUGUCCACGUCUCACAGUGUUUUGCGCAAGUACCGCCAUCAGGGUGAGUUGACAGAGGCUCUUGUGCACGAGCUGCGUACCAUCUAUAGCUUGCUGUGCCCCGCGCUGGUUCGCAGCAUGGAGUCGCUCCUCUUGACGACGGAGACGCAGGGUGCCAAUGUGGCUGAGGUGUACAGAGGCAUCACGGAUGCCGUGGAAUGCCUGCGCGAUAUUACCUCACUCGACCUCGGUGACGAGUUCAUCGAGCGCAUCGGUCCCAUCGUAAGCAUGUACAAUCGCUGCCUCAGCAGGGUAAGCGCGCCGUCGGCCUUGUAUGGAGCUCAGGCAAGUGCCAUGAUCGACAUGAACUCUGCCGUGAUAGCGUGCAUGACGCACUGGCUAAACUCGUUUGACGAGGACUUUGAGAAUUUCGCACCGCAGUUCAUCGAAGUCGUGAUUGGGAUGCUAUCGAAUCAAAUGAGCAGCGACCCUUCCAUGGACGAUUUGGUGGUUUGCUCUCUCGAGUUGGUCAGCAGCGCGUGCCGCGGCACCACCCGCUCUCACCUGAACACGAGAGAGAGGCUGCAGUAUAUACUGCAGUUCAUCAUCCUUCCCAAUCUUGCACUUCGCGAGGAUGAUUUGGAGACCUACACGAGCGAUCCGGACGAGUACAUUAAGAAGAACAUAGAGGGCUCCAAUUUUCACACUCGCCGCCGCGCCGCCGUGGAGUUGGUGCGCUCCCUUCUUCUAUAUCUUCCGGAAGUGGCGCGGCCGCUCCUCGCCGAGGUGACCACUGCACUCCUCCAAACUGCACACGGGGACUGGAGGGCCAAAGACACGGCCAUCUACCUGGCGUUUGUGCUAGUGGUGGAUGGGCAGCUGGUGAACACACAGCGCGGUGUGACAGUACCGCAGCUCAGCGAAAUUAUUCCCGUUGCUCAGAUCCUUGACGGCCACGUUUUUCCGGAGGUCAGGUGUGAUUUGUCAGCGCAGAGCCCUGGCAUCGUCAAGGCGGACUGUAUGCUCGUCGUUGCAGCCUUCCGUCACCUUAUUGCCUCCACGGCAUACGAGUUCCUAGUGCCAGCUCUGACUCGCCACAUCGCGGUUGGUGACACCGUGGUGAUGACAUAUGCGGCCCACACCCUCAAGUGCUUUCUUUCCAUCACCGAAGCGUCGGCGGCCGCUGCCAUCGAGGCGGUGUUUACUGGAAACGUCCUCAGCAUUCUCGAAGGCAUUUGCGUGCGCAUCCAAGAGGCAGAGGCGCCGAAUCCGUACCUGAUGCAGUACCUCAUGACUGUGUGCUUCCGCUUUCCGAAACUCGUCGCCCCCUUCGCGACGCAGGUGAUGGCUUCUCUCCACACGCCGCUGUACAGAGCUGUUCGUAACCCUUCCAACGCGUUGUACAGUCAGUGCAUGUUCGAGGUCAUCUCCAAGUGUGUGGCGCUGCAGCCAGGAGCAAGGGGUGAGUUCGAGGGGAUGCUGUGGCCCAACUUCGCACACGUGCUACGCGAGAACGUUGUCGAGUACGUGCCAUAUGUUCUCCAAGUAUUUGCCCAGCUCGUGCGCACGUACCAGUCCAGCGAUGCUGCGCAGCGGUGGGCCGAAAACCCCGCUGAGAAUUACCAAGGCCUAGUCUGCCCGCUUACUCAACCGCAGAUGUACGAAAUGCGUACACAGAUUCCUGCGCCAGUGUGCUUGCUCUGUGCGUUUGUCGAGGUCUACCCGGGAUACAUGCAUCGGACCGGGAUGACCAACCCAGCUCUGAACGUCUUCAACUUAUUGGUGCGUCUCAAGAAUUACGAUAACGAGGGCUUGAACAUUCUCACAUCUAUGCUGCUUGCGUACCCUGCGGAUGUCAUGGACGUGUACAUGGACACUGUAUUCAAGGUUCUGAUGGAUCGCUUGCAGAGUUCCUCUACACCAAAGUAUGUGCGUAUCCUGAUCCUAUUUUUAUCUGUUGUGGUGGUGCAGCGCAGGGACGCUGACUACCUGGUCAGUCGCCUCAACAACAUCGAGAGUGGCUUGUUCAUGAGGGUUCUCGGCAACGUAUGGCUGCCUCGCAUGCAAAAGAUCACUGGAAAUGUGGAGCGCAAGACAUGUGUGGUGGCGCUGGCCAGGCUUCUUUGCGAGUCCACGACGCUGCAGUCCGACACGGCAGCGUGGGUGACGAGUGCUUCCAGCUGCCUCAGGAUGCUGCACGAUGGCGUGGAGCCGGACGACCACAUAAGCUUCACGCCCGCUGCGGGCGCGGCGCAGAAUCCAGAGUCCCUGCUCGGCAGCGCCAUCGGAUCAGAUGAACUCACCGGCUCGUUUCACCCUCUACGAGAGGCGAUGCAAAGGCCGCGUGACGUCUGCAGCCACGUUCCCGACGCCCAAGGGUUCUUUCAAACGGAGUUGACAAACUUUCUCAAGGGCCGCGGCGCACACCUUUCCGCCUCACUCAAGCAGUGGCUUGGCCCGCAUACUCCUGCUUGGCUUCCGUAA